AUGGACCUACUAUUCUUCGAAGAAGCUGCUGAGGCCGCAACGACAGAAAGUCAGCGGCCGCCUAAGAAACGCGUUCUUAACGCGGCAAGAAAAGAGCAAAAUCGUUCUGCGCAAAGGGCUUACCGAAAACGGCAGAAAGAACGGCGAGAGAGACUCCGGGAUGAAAGUCUUCAAAGAUCUCAAAGGCAAUCAACACCCCAGUUACUACCACACCCGCCCCUGGAUAACUACACUUCUUAUUCUGAAACUCAGCCGAAUCAUGUUACAAGCAAUUCGUCAAGUAGAAUGAAGCUAUUCAUCAAUUCAGGAGGCCCAGCCUCUGCAAGACACGAUACUUUCUCUUCUUCACCAGUUGAAAUCUCACCCUCAACUACAGGCGACGCUAGAGGCAGCGAGCUCCAAUUGCCUGAUACAGAAGACACCAUGCUAGCCGGCCUUAUUCAUUUCAUGCAGAACGCUGUUUUCUCAGCAAUCAUGCAUAACGCUAUAUGCCUGGGAUUUGACCUAAACGAGGUGGCUGCAUGCAGUUUCUCCUACAUAUCACCAUUCUACCAACCUAAUGCUACGCCUCAGACUGAUCCAAAAGACCUUCUCACAUCAGCGAAUCUACCGACGACUAAUACGAUGCCGGCGAAUCUUCGUCCCACCUUAAGCCAGCUACUUAUUCCUCACCAUGCCAGCCUGGAUCUCAUCCCACUCCCGCUGCUUCGUGAACGGGCAAUCAUGCUCUCGGCUGCUAUGCCCUUUGUGUACAAUUUGACGGAAUUUAAAACAGAUAUCUUUGUGCGAGGAGGUCUAAUGGUCUGGUCUUCAUCCGCAACAGAACUCAGCGAUGCAGUGACAAAUACAAAGAGAAGUUGCUUACAGCCAUGGGAUAGCGAAUGCUGGGAAGCUGCUCCCUGGUUCCUCGAAAAAUGGAGCAUUGUUGUUGAUGGGCGGCAAGGUGAGCUUGGGAGGAGGAGUCUACGAUGGGCGAGUGUACGAGAGAUCUAG